GAAGAAAAGCUUGACUUUUGUUUUCAGCGCCACUAAGCAUUGUCUCCCGUUACUUUCGUUUUACCCUAUUUGUAUCCUUCUCAGCGUUCUUAAAAAAAAAACUUCACCUGUUUUACGCAUAGGAGGACAGCAAUGAAGCAAUCCUUCCUUCUCCUGGCUGUUUGUGCCCUCUUCCUCUGCGUGGCCUCCGCGGAGGUGCAGGUGGCCACCAAGAGCAACUUCGACAAGAUCAUCGGCGGUGACCUUACCCUUGUGAAGUUCUACGCGCCAUGGUGCGGCCACUGCAAGACGCUUGCGCCGGAGUUCGAGAAGGCUUCGGUGACCCUGAAGGGCGUGGCGACGCUGGCGGAGGUCGACUGCACCAAGGAAACCGAGCUGGCCUCCAAGUUUGACAUUAAAGGCUUCCCGACCAUGAUGAUCUUCCGCAACGGCGAGAAGGUGGAGGACUACAGCGGCCCGCGCACUGCGGCUGGCAUAACUGCCUACAUCAAAGCUCAGGUAGGCCCCGCCGUCACCGCGAUUGAGAAGGCAGAGCAGCUGGACGAACUCAAGAAGGAGGAUCUCCCGGUGUGCGUCGUCAAGACGGCCAGCGCUGACUCCGCACUCGCCACGACGAUGACAAAGGUGGCCAACGUUUUUCGCACGCAGGUGAACUUCGCCCUCGUCACCGAUGAAGCCAUCGCCGCCGACGCCGCGAUGGAGUCCGUCACGGUGUACCGUCACGACAAGGAGCAUGAGGCGUACGCCGGCGUGCUGCCCGUGACGGUAGAGUCGGCGAAGCAGUUCUUGUCAGAGGCCCAGCUCGAUUUCUUGGGCGAGCUUGGCCAAGAAACCUUCCAGUCCUACAUGGAGGCCAACAAAGCGAAACCCCUGGGCUGGCUCUUUGUGGACAAGGACACUGCCCCUGCGCUGAAGGAGUCACUCGUGGCGGUCGCAGAGAAGUUCCGCAGCCAGGUGCUGAUGUCGUGGGUCGACGGCGACAAGUACCGCCAGGUGGCUUUCCAGCUCGGCAUGCCGAAGGACGUGAAGUUUCCCGCGUUUGUGUUGGACUUCGAACGUCACCAUCACGUGAUGCCGACUGAAACCCCGAUCACCGCCGAGUCUGUGAGCGAGUUCGUGGAGAAGUACAGCAAGGGUGAGACGGCGGAGACACUGAUGUCGGAGAGCGUCCCGGAGGUGGAGACGGUCGAGGGUCUGACCACGAUUGUGGGCAAGACGGUCGACAAAUACACCGAUGGCAGCAAAAACAUCUUUGUGCUGUUCUACGCCCCGUGGUGCGGUCACUGCAAGAAGCUCCACCCCGAAUUUGAAAAGCUCGCCAAGGAGCUCGAGUCCGCGGACGUCAUCAUCGGCAAGAUCGAUGCCACCGCAAAUGAUUUCGACCGUGCGAAGUUCUCGGUGAACGGCUUUCCGACACUAUUCUUCAUCCCCGCUGGAGGCAAGACCGAGAGCUACGAGGGUGGUCGCAGCCUUGCCGAGAUGAAGGCUUUCGUCGUGUCGCACAUGGCCUCUACCCCCGAGGCGACCCCCUCUUCCCCCUCCGCCGCGCCAACUGAUGAGAACGAUGACGAUUUGUAA